GGUGGAAACCGGGCAUCUGCCGCUCGGAGUUCGGGGCCGGGAGCGGUGGUGCCGGUGGGACGGCCGCGCUGUGCGGAGGGUAACAGGGCUGGGGAAGGGGGGGAACGGCGGAGCUCCGCUGCUGCUGGAACGCGCGCAGUCUGCCGUCAGCGCCGAGCUCAGCAGUCCCUUGUGCCUUUCAGGUCGGUGGUCUCGUUCGGCUCCAAAAACAGAGCUAUCGGCGUCUCGGCCAAAAACCAGCAAAUCACUCAUGCCCACAACACAGUAUCUAACUUCAAGAGGUUCCAUGGCCGUGCAUUUAAUGAUCCGUUUGUUCAGAAGGAAAAGGAAAAGUUGAGUUAUGAUUUGGUUCCUAUGAAGAAUGGUGGAGUUGGAGUAAAGGUCAUGUAUAUGGAUGAGGAGCACAUCUUCAGUGUGGAACAGAUUUCAGCAAUGUUGUUGACUAAAUUAAAGGAGACUGCAGAGUGUAACCUGAAAAAGCCAGUAACAGACUGUGUUAUUUCUGUUCCAUCAUUUUUCACUGAUGCUGAAAGGAGGUCGGUUCUGGAUGCAGCUCAGAUUGUUGGAUUAAACUGUCUUAGAUUAAUGAAUGACAUGACAGCUGUGGCUCUGAAUUAUGGAAUUUAUAAACAAGACCUUCCAGCUCCUGAAGAGAAGCCACGAAUUGUCAUAUUUGUUGACAUGGGACAUUCUGCAUUUCAAGUAUCUGCCUGCGCAUUCAACAAGAGUAAGCUAAAGGUACUGGGCACAGCAUUUGACCCUUUCCUAGGUGGAAGGAACUUUGAUGGAAAGCUAGUAGACUACUUUUGUGCAGAAAUAAAAGCAAAGUACAAACUGGAUCCAAAAUCAAAAGUUCGAGCUCUUCUUCGUCUGUAUCAGGAGUGUGAGAAGCUGAAGAAACUAAUGAGUUCAAAUAGCACAGACAUUCCCCUAAACAUUGAGUGUUUCAUGAACGACACUGAUGUAUCUGGAAAAAUGAACAGGUCCCAGUUUGAAGAAUUGUGUGCUGACCUGCUGCAAAGGAUAGAGAUGCCUCUGCUUUCAUUAAUGGAACAAACACAACUGAAAGUGGAAGAUGUGACUGCUGUAGAGAUUGUUGGAGGAGCAACCCGCAUUCCUGCUGUCAAAGAGAGGAUUGCUAAAUUCUUUGGCAAAGAUGUCAGUACAACACUGAAUGCAGAUGAAGCCAUAGCUAGAGGCUGUGCUCUGCAGUGUGCAAUUCUUUCUCCAGCUUUUAAAGUGAGAGAAUUCUCUGUGACAGAUGCUACACCAUUCCCAAUCUCUCUGUUGUGGAACACUGAAGCAGAGGACACUGAAGGGUAGGUAGCUCAAACUACUGUUCUGUGAAGCGUUUGACCUUUCAGUUCAAGGGCAAUGUUCUGGGUUGUACUUAAAGUAGGAUCUUGGCAUUCUGACGCAGAAGAUCUGUAGAUCAUGUACCAGAGAGGGUUGGUGAUGGAGAUUCUGUUGUAAAGGCAUGAGUUAAAUUUUAGUCAUAAUUACCCUUAUACAUAAAAAUAUUUUAAGAUAACUUUGAAUUGCCAACAAAUAUUGUCUUGCAUUGCUCUUAUCUGUUUGUUAGGUUUUGAAAUAUAAAGUGAACAAGAAAAACCUAGUACCAGUAGCACUUUUCUUUGGCUUUUCUGUUGCUAGUUUCUGCUAACAUCUACCCAGAUUGUUAUUUCAGCAGGGAGGUUCUACACUAUGUAAACAUUGUGUACUUGCAUGGAUACUGUUUAUCUGGCUGAAAACAGAAGCAAGGAUUUAACUCUUAGGGCUUCUUAAGAGCAAUUCCUUGCAAUUGCAGCAUCUCAAGCCUCUGACCUAUGUUAUUAGUGGUGAUAUGCAUGAAAGAAGUUGUUCUUCCUUUCUAGGAUGUUGAAAGUCUGAAAUUCUC